AUGUCUAGUAGUAAGUUCGAAGAGGUUGUUAACAAGAUCAUAAGCGACAGCCCCCCAGGGGAGCUGAGAGAGAUCUAUGACGAUCUGAUCAAGAUCACUAGUGAAAGCUCGAAGAAUACUAUCUUGGAUGCCAUUGAAAACUACAACGUGCAGAACUGCAUCCCCAUAGAUGUCGACGGGACCUCCAUAAUCAUAUCUAAAUACAACAAGGAAGGUUCGAAGUUUUUCGACCCUGUACACUCCGUCAUUUUUUCAGUCGACCAUUUAGGGCACAGAGGUCUCGACAUCGAGCCGUACGAAUUUACGCACCCAAAGCUGGACAAAGAGCAACUGAAACGGUUGCACGAUCAAUUGCGCGAGUAUCUUGCUCAAAACUUCCCAGGCGACGUCAGUUUUGCCGUUUAUCCAGUUCCCGAGGAACCCAGUAAAAUAUCUAUCAUUAUAGUUAGUACCAAGUAUAACCCGAAUAAUUUUUGGAAUGGCCAUUGGAAAUCGAGCUAUAUUUACGAUUUGGACACUAAGGAACUGACCGGCCACAUUUCUACUCAAGUCCAUUACUACGAAGAUGGUAACGUUAGUUUCCAGUCCGGGAAGGCGAUUGGCCAGAAUAACGUAGUCGACGUUGUCAGCACAAUAAGAGAUGUAGAGACAAGUUUUGAGAAUGAACUGGACUUUUCUUUCUCUGACCUGAACGAAAAGCAGUUCAAAGCUUUAAGAAGAAGACUACCUGUCACAAGAUCAAAAAUCAACUGGGGUAAGGCCAUUGGUAGCUAUAGAUUAGGUAAAAAUGCCGCCGAAGGGAAAUAA